CCGAUGCGAUUUCUCACAAAGUUGAUCACUUCCGAUCUUGGCUCCCAAAAGUCACGAGACCAACGUGGCCGCCCGGUACUGACAUGACUAAUCAUACCACGCCACGAUUCACCCGGUUGUUGUCCAUGACACCUCUUCUAUACGACCUUGAUCUGACUCAAAUCAACCUCACACAAGGCAGCAUCGCUGUUCUUCGAUGCUCUUGGUCGCUUUCGAGAUUUCCUAAUUGUCAGCCUUGUGAACUCACGGCAAUCAGGCAACCACGGAUGGGAUAUCGCAGCGCGCCAGAAGUUAUCCUUGAAUUUUAAUCCUUUCCGACAGCAGCGGGCGAAACGCGAAGAGCGAACAUGGAAUUAUGCAGCGUCUGCUCGCAGCUCGUGGCAUCCGAUCCAGUGGUGGGAGACCAAAUUCUCGGCCCUUAUGACGAGCUGCUUCUCAAAUCCCAGAGUCUCGGACCUGGUCGCGCUGGUUGCGGUGGCUGCGAGUUCUUCUCUACGAUCCUUCAAAGCUCAAAAACAUGGUCUGAUCGCAUACCGGAAUUGUCGGACCACACCAUCACCCUAUCACCUGACGGCUUGCUCGUGAGGGCGCUGUCCGGGCCUAUAGAUUUGCUGCGUGAGGAAGUAGAUUACGACCUAGAACUCACCACCUGUUUUGCAGAAGAGAAGAGAGAUCAUCAAUCGAACAACACCUUCUUAGGCAUGACACUGGUAUCCCCCAAUCCGCGUGAAAGCAGCUGCUUCAAUCUGAUAGAUGAUUGGAUCAAUCAGUGCACGGAGCAUGUCAAAUGCUCUCCGCUGAACCCAGUUGCACUUCCAAAGCGAGUCAUCGAGAUUCCAAUCGAUCCUCUUGCGCCACCUAGACUGCGGAUCACCAAUGGUGCAUUGGGCCGAUACGUAAUCUUGUCCCACUGUUGGGGUGUCAAAAGACUGAUGACACUCACAAACUCCCUGCUACCUGAAUACCAGGAAGCCAUCAGUCUUGAGCUGCUUCCAAACAGCUUCACGGAUGCGAUAGAGAUCUCGCGACGAUUAGGCUUCCGAUACAUUUGGAUAGAUGCGCUAUGUAUCAUUCAAGACAAUGCUGAGGAUUGGGACCAGGAAGCAGGAAAAAUGGCUUCUUACUAUGGGCUGUCGACUCUCAUGAUCUCCGCAACUGCUGCUGAAGAUAGCAGUAGAGGGAUUCUGAACCGUCGGGACGUAUCUCGGUCGCCCAUGUUAGGUAAAGGAAAAAGUUUUUAUCUACACCAAAUUAUGCUUCGCCAUAGCUUCCAGCUUAACAGUUCUAUCUUGUCUACACGUGGCUGGGCUGCGCAAGAGAGAAUGUUGGCACCCCGUAUAUUACACUACACGAGGCAGCAGAUGAUCUGGGAAUGCGCAGCGUGUUUGUUCUAUGAAGCUUUCAGCAGUGCUGGAGGUAUCAAGGAUUGGUAUGAUGUAUAUUCUAAGUCAGCGUGCCAACAGUUUGUGACCGAAGCUUUAAGUCAAGAAAGCACAAUACCCCGCUACCAAGAUCACAACGCGAAGAUGCUGGAAUGCGGAUCCAAAGGUAUAUCCUUGGACAGAAUCGAAACAUGGCAUCAAUGCGUCGGAAUGUACUCAUCCAGGUUCUUGAGUGUGCCGACCGAUAAACUUCACGCCAUCGCCGGUGUCGCGAGAAUGCUCAAUCACAGUGGUCAACUGGGAGAGUAUCUAGCAGGGAUCUGGAGCACGCACCUAGCAGUAGGCUUAGCUUGGAAGAAAGAGUCGAGGAACCUGGCCUCACCGCCUUUUUACAUAGCGCCUAGCUGGAGUUGGGCCGGUGUGGAAGGUGCGGUGGAAUAUAACGUCGUCUUGGCAUCAACACUUACCGUCGAUGCGAACGAGUCUUGGGCUAAGACGUUCCACCCCAAGCUGAUCGAUCAGCACAUGAUAUUGCAGAACGAACACAAUGUUUACGGCGCUGUGCUAGAGGGUUCCCACAUCAUUGUGGAGGGCGCGUGCCUUAGGUAUGCAGAUUUUGAUCAGUUUUUUGAAGCCUAUGAAGUUGGUGACCAUUAUGUCGGUCAGAUCACUCUCGAUAUGGAAGACGGACAGGACUUUCUGGGAACCUGCGAUUUCUGUAUGUGCCUGGAGGGGAACUUAGAUUGUCAUGAAUCCAUGGAUUUGCUGUUGCUCAGCUGGGUUGAUCAGGAGGCAAGGGUUGCGCAGCGGGUUGGAAUAGCGACAAUACUGCCACCGUGGCAAGAAGAGGAUGCAGAGCAGUUUACCCGUACAUUCAAGACGGCCUCUUGGGAAAGACGGACACUGAAGUUGGUGUGAGACAUUCUAUGUCAGAAGCUACCAGGUAUCU